AUGGCGCUGGAGGGCGCUAAUAACGAGGAGGCUGCUGUUGCUGCCGGUCAGAGAAAAACGUACGCGUUAAGUUUGGAGAAGAGAGCCCCAGGGGUAGAGUCCGAGAAGCAGCGCAACACGUUUUUAUGCUGUUCAAACGCCACUGGAUCCCACAAGCUUAAGCUUUUGGUAAUUGGAAAGGCGAAGAAUCCACGCUGCUUUAAAAACUUUCAGUGUCCCACCGACUAUAGGAGCUCAAAAUCCGUCUGGAUGACGUCGGCUGUUUUCAAAAAAUGGUUUCAUGAGCCAUUUGUUCCACAGGUUACAUCGUUUUUAAAGGAGAAAACCUUACCAAUUAAAGCUCUCCUCCUAAUCGACAACGCUCCUUCUCAGCCAAAUGAAGCUGAAUUGACAACGGAGAGUGGCCAAAUUUCGGCAAUGUUUAUGCCACCAAACGUUACUCCCCUCAUUCAACCGAUGGAUCGGAAUGCAAUAAAAAUCACUAAGUUGCAUUACAGAAACAGCCUUCUAGCU